AUGUUUAAUAAACCUAUAAGUAUAUUUUGUGCAUUUUUUAGUACUGAAGAAAAGAGAACUCCAGAAGAUGCCAGAAAAAUAAUAAAAACAGCCAAAUUACAUGAGUCAGAAUUAACUGAAAUAACACAAGUCCUAAGAUUUGUAGAUGUCAGUAAUAGAAACGAUAAUUUGAGACUAAUGCAAUUGGAUGAUUAUCUUUUGAAAGAAAUAGAAGAAGGCAAUGAGUUAAUUUUUAAGGGCGAUGCUGAUGAAAAUGUCGUUUUGUGUACUAAUACAAAGACAUAUGAUGUGAAAGAGGCAGAAACAUCAAAUAGUCUCCUCUUAAUACCAGAUUUAUUGUUUGCAGCUGCAACAGGUCUCAAUGAAUCGGUGCAAAAUAAUUCCAUGGAAUGCGACUCAGAUACUUCUUUCGAAAAGUCUAACACAAGUCUCAAUAAAUCUACUGACUCAGAUGAAGGGAAUAAAGCUCCUCGUCAUAUUGAACAUAAAGAUAUAAUUAAUACAUUUUUUACAUAUUUCGAACUGAGGCCGUGUAAACCGCGAUUGAAUAAAUUGCGUAAACUUUUAGAACCCACGGUGUAUCAAGGAGUUGAAUUAGAGUACGCCGUGGAAAAAAAUAAAUUGUUGACGUAUGAGAACAUAUUCGACCAAAUUCAAGCGUCUAGUGUAGAAUUAGAUGAAGAGUUAGAAAAAAUACAAGCAAUCAAAAUCGAUAACUAUUAUCGAUUGCUAGACUUUGAUUAUGAAUUUCGCGUCUUAUCAUAUAUGCUGGAUCUUAUAGAAGAAAAUUCUUGGCCUUUAGAUAAAAUAUCAAAAGAAAUAACUUUCGAUAGCUUGAAGGAACUUUUACCCAUGCAUAUAUUGGAGGCUACUUUUAAAUUUUACACUACAGAGUCAGAAGUCGAGGAUGGCAUUCAGUAUUAUCAAUACAAACAAGAUAAAGUAUGCACUUUCUUAGCAAGAGUAUUAUUAAAAAGUGCAGGAAAGUUUAAUCUAGCUGAAUUUCUGCAAGCAUGGAAUGAUUCCGUGCCCGAAGGGAUGGUACCAAAUGAAUCUUUACUCUCCGGAGUAGCAUUGAUAGAUAAAACAAGUACACCAAAUGUGAUCUGGGCAAUGUCCGAAGCAGAUUUGCCAGAAGAUAUAAACGAACGAUUUAAAGUGUUAUUCCAAAAGAAAACGAAGUGGACAGUUGCAGAAAUCUCACCAUAUAUAGAGUGUUAUGCUACCGAGAAACUGAACGUGAACGCUAUUUUAACAAAAUAUGCUCGUGCUUCAACACAAGAUGGAGUUAGAGUUUUUUCUGCAAAACACUUGAAAUAA